AUGACGUUGUUAUCGCUGUUCAGCUCAGAGGGUGUGCCAAUCACAACGUCUCUUCCAAGGGACUGUCUGCAGGCAGAGCGUUCUGCGCUGCUGCUGUGCAAGUUUGGCGCUGUGCUAUGCCUUUUGAGCUUUGCUGUGGUUCUGGACUUUAGACUGAACACGGGGGAUGAUAGCGGCGAUGGUGAUGGCAAUGACGGUGGUAGUGGUGGGGACGAUGGCUUGGGGCCUGUUAACAGAGACGUCUUUGCCAUGGUCAUUGGCACGAUCUUCUUUGUCCUAUCAAUAUGCUCGUUGACGUUGGGACUGUACAACUACUUCCACAGCAUACGACUCUACCUGACACAGCACAGAUCCGUUGUGAAGAAGAUGCCUAUAAACCUGUUCGUCUCCAUUCUGGUGGUGACCUUGCUGAGCUUGAACAUUGCGCUUCUAUGUAAGAGUUGUGGAUGCACAGACUUCACACGUGAUAUCCAUAGCGCGUCGUCCGACUUGGCUUGUUCCAAGUGUGGUCGUGUCUAUGAAGAUGCCCCUAUUGUCUCUGAAGUGACGUUUGGUGAAGCUUCAAAUGGUGCUGCUGUUGUUCAAGGUUCGUUUGUCGGUGCCGACCAGUCACAUGCGACGUUUGCCACCGGUCCUCGUGGUAACUCCAUGGACUCAAGGGCAAAGACAUUGGCCAGUGCAAAGAGAAAAAUCAAAGCAGUGUCUAAUGCUCUCAGGAUUCCUGACUACGUUGGCGAUGCAGCCUACCAAUGGUUUAGUUUGGCGCUGGCCAAUAACUUUGUCAAGGGAAGACGCUCGCAGAAUGUCAUUGCAGCAUGUCUCUAUAUAGCUUGCCGUAAGGAAAAGACACACCAUAUGCUCAUUGAUUUCUCCGCUCGCCUACAAAUAUCGGUAUUUUCAGUGGGUGCAACCUUCCUGAAAAUGGUGAAGUUGUUACACAUCACAUCGUUACCUUUAGCUGACCCUUCUCUAUUUAUCCAGCAUUUUGCCGAAAAGCUGGAAUUUGGUGAUGAUAAGGUUAAGAUCGUCAAGGACGCCGUCAGACUUGCACAAAGAAUGGCGGAUGAUUGGAUACACGAAGGUAGAAGACCAGCCGGUAUAGCUGGUGCUUGUCUUCUCCUAGCAGCAAGAAUGAACAACCACAGAAGAACGCAUGCAGAAAUCGUUGCGGUGGCACACGUUGGUGAAGAUACUCUUCAGAGAAGAUUAAACGAGUUCAAAAGUACACAUUCAGCGAAACUUACAGUGAAGGCCUUUAGAGAAGCGGAGUAUAUUGAACCGUCUGAACCACCUUCUUUUCAACGUAAUCGUGAACAAAAGAUCCGCAUUAUAGAGUCUCUGGGAACUUCCAAGCGUGAUAAUGAUCCAGCACAGUUGAAGGAUUUGGAAGACUCUAGUGAACUGAAAUCGCUGAUUGCCAAUGUGGAUCUGAACUCCAAGGAGAUCCUGGAGCAGCUUGAAAGAGUGAAGAAGAGACAAGAACAAGACCGGGAAAGAUUAAUAUCUGCGAACAACAUCAAGCUGGAAUCGAAGGAGGAUACAGCAGAGGACUCUGACAGACCAAGAAACCUUCAUAAGCUGCCCACAACCGCCGAUGUUCUUGCCAAGAUCCCAUCGCACCCUGAAAACUUUGACGAUAUUGAGGAUGAUGAGAUUGAGGUAUUUCUUCUAACCGAGGAAGAGUCGCUUUUAAAGGAACGUGUAUGGACUGGAUUGAAUGAGGAAUUUCUUCUGGAUCAAGAACAAAAGAGGCUGAAAGCUGAAGCUGAUGAAAUCUCGGGCCACCAGCAGCCACGCAAGAAGAGGAAACAAGUCAAGAAUGAGUCCGAUACCCUAAAUGACUUGGAAAAUGAUGGCAUCCAAGGUGCAUUGAAGAACAUUGGAGAGGCCUCUUCAGCCUCCAUGGCUGCAAGAAGCAUGCUUUCGAGAAAGGCGCAGUCCAAGAAGAUCAAUUACCACGCACUGACCAACUUAUUUGACACGGAGUAA